GGGCACAUGCUCCAGCAGAUCACGGAGAGGCUGCAGAACAUCAUGCUCAGAAUGAGGGUUUUACUUGUUGUCGCUGCUCUUGUGGUUGUGGCUGGUGCUGCCAGUGUCUCUCUGGAGGAUCUGGAAUUCCACGCCUGGAAACUGAAGUUUGGUAAAAGCUACAGUUCAUUGGAUGAAGAGUCCUGGCGUAAAAUGAUUUGGCUGGACAAUCUUAAACUGGUUCUGGAGCACAACAUGCUGGCUGACCAGGGCAUCAAAAGCUACAGACUCGGCAUGAACCACUUUGCAGACAUGGACUAUCAGGAGUACCAGCAGAUGUCAAAGGGCUGCCUGGGGUCAUUCAACUGGACUGAUACCCACAGCGCCACUACAUUCCUAAAGCUGGUAGAGGGCACUGCUCUACCCAGCUUUGUGGACUGGAGGAUUGAGGGCUACGUGACUGAGGUUAAGGACCAAAGUCAUUGUCACUCCUGCUGGGCCUUCAGUGCGGCAGGGGCCCUAGAGGGUCAGAUGUUCAAGAAGAAAAAGAAGCUGGUAGAAUUGAGUGCACAACAACUGGUGGACUGCUCCCGGGGUUAUGAAAACUUUGGCUGUCAAGGUGGUUGGCCUCAUAAUGCCUUCAAGUACAUCAAGUCCAGUGGAGGCUUGGAGACAGCAUACACUUAUCCAUACCAGGCCAAGGAAGGGGAAUGCAAGUUUAACCACCAGAAUUCUUGGGCUUCAUGCUCUGGCUAUAAAAUGGUAAAACCCACAGAAGACGCUCUGCAGUAUGCUGUGGCAACAAUCGGGCCCAUUUCUGUAAUCGUAGAUGCCAACCAUCGCAGCUAUCAGCUCUAUGAGUCAGGUGUGUAUGAUGAGCCAGCCUGCAGGACUAACUACCCUUAUCAUGCUGUCCUGGUUGUUGGUUAUGGCACUGAUGAUGGACAGGGCUACUGGCUGGUCAAGAACAGCUGGGGUGUCGGCUGGGGUGAUGAAGGCUACAUCAAGAUGUCGAGGAACAAGAAUAACCAGUGUGGUAUUGCCACAACAGCCGCCUACCCAGAGGUUUAAAGGUUGAAGAGGAGAAGGAUGGAGAGGAGGAGUCUGAUCAGAAUGCCCUCCUUCCCUUCUCUACCAUGCUAUUACCCUUUGGCCUCCUUUAAGGCCUGACUAUGUUUGUUCUAUGUACCACAUUAUUUGUAAGUCGCUUUGGAUAAAAGCGUCUGCUAAAUGUAAUGUAAUGUAAUGUAAUGUAAUGAUCAACUGAUGCAAAACAUUUUUUCUACCAUUAUUCCUGAAUUACACAUGCAGUGUGAAUUGUUACUAUUUCUGACUGCUUGAAAAUGAAAAAAGAAAACUGAGCAUUUAAAUCUAUAACAGUUCUUUUCAUAACAGUUCAACACCUCAUACCAGCACACACACACACACACACACACACACACACACACACACACACACACACACACACACACACACACAUUAAGAUCCAGCAGUAUAUUACAGUCUUAAGGUUUUCCUAUAUUGAAAGGCUCAUUAUUUGAAGCUGUAUUGAAGCCGAUGCUACUGUGAGCUACAGGAGAAGAGCAUUGAAGUUAAUAACCUGCUACACCAUUGAUAAGGAAAUGUCCACAAUCUUCAGAAAAGAAGCUCCAGGGUUUCUUCAUUACAAAAAUAAUAAAGAAAAAAAUCAUGUAUCUCCA